AUGCCAGAAUUUAUUCGUCGUCGUUUAUGUUAUGGACCAAAGAAUGUAAUAAUGCGUGCUCAACAUUAUUUAGAAAAACAUAUUUCAAAUGUUAAAGCACAUUUAUUAAGAGCAUUAUGUCAAAUUGCUAUCAUUCAAAAUUUCGAUUUGGAAAUUGGCUUACAACUAUUACUAAAUAAAAUGAUCAUGUUACUUUAUUUCCAUCUUGGUGAUGAUAAAACAGGUAAAAAUAUAGCUACCUGGAUAUUUAAUCAAAUUCCAGCUGAAAAAAAUUAUUAUAAAAUAUUAGAUGCUGUAUUUGGUACUCAAGUUUAUCUUCAACUGAAUCGUUAUGUAGGGAAAAAUUGUCAAGUGGAAAAUUUUUCGAUUAAAAUUGAUGUUUCAUCUAAUAAUGAUGAAAAACUUUUUUUCGUUAAUUCAGAAAAUAUAAAUACAACACAAAUAUAUCAAAUAGAAUUAUCAGUUAAUGGAAUUAUUUAUAAAAUAAAUGGUAUUGGUUGUUUAAGUCCAUUUACAUUAACACAACAACUGAAACCAAUGCCAUGGCUAAAUGGAAUCGAACCUAAAACAUGUGUAACAUAUACACCAAAAUUAACAAAUCAAUUAUUAACAACAAAUUUAAAUAGUAUUUUUGUUAUUGAUACAGAAAUUCCAUCCGGUAUGUGUCUUACUGAUCGUCAAAUUGAAUUUUUAAGAACUUAUUCAAAAAAAAAGUACAUUUGGGCCUUCAACUUGGAUAUAUUGGGAAAAGACAGCGUUAAAAAAAUUAUUGUUGUAUUUUAA